GGCAGAGGGGUGGCCGCGGGGCCCGGCCGGGCUGGGGCGGGGGGCCGCAGCCAUGAUCCGGGCCUUCUCGUUCCCGGUGAGCCCCGAAAGGGGCCGGCUGCGGGGCUGGCUGGAGGGCAGCCUGGCCGGGCUCUGCGAGUUGCACUGGCUCCGGGAGAGACAGGAGUACCGCGUGCAGCAGGCGCUGCGGCUGGCCCAGCCCGGAAUGGGGGGCGCCGAGGCCGAGGACGAGGAGGACGCCGAGGAGGACGAAGAUGCGGCGGCGGCGCGCCGGGCCGCAGCCGCCCUGGAAGAGCAGCUGGAGGCCUUGCCUGGGCUUAUCUGGGAUCUGGGCCAGCAGCUGGGAGACCUGAGCCUGGAGUCUGGGGGCCUGGAACAGGAGAGCGGGCGCAGCUCAGGCUUCUAUGAAGACCCCAGCUCCACAGGAGGCCCAGACUCACCACCCUCCACCUUCUGUGGGGACAGCGGCUUCUCUGGAUCUGGCUCUUAUGGACGCCUGGGUCCCUCUGAACCCCGGGGCAUCUAUGCGAGCGAGAGGCCCAAGUCCCUAGGAGAUGCCAGCCCCAGCGCUCCUGAGGCGGUGAGCGCUAGAGCACCGGUGCCUAGGUCCUUCUCUGCACCCUACCCGACAGCGGCGGGGUCUGCAGGCCCUGAGGCCUGCUCCUCCGCCGAGAGGCGAGCCCGCGCAGGGCCCUUCCUGACGCCCAGCCCCCUGCACGCGGUGGCCCUGCGCACGUCCCCGUCAGCCCCUCAGCGCCGGCUGCUCUACGGCUGCGCAGGCAGCGACUCCGAGUGCUCGACUGGGCGCCUGGGGCCUCUCGGACGCCGGGGCCCCGCGGGCGGCGUCGCGGGCGGCUACGGGGAGAGUGAGUCGAGCGCCAGCGAGGGAGAGUCGCCCGCCUUCAGCUCCGCAUCCAGCGACUCCGACGGCAGCGGAGGCCUGGUGUGGCCCCAGCAGCUGGUGGCGGCCACGGCGGCCUCCGGGCCGGCGGGCAGUGCAGGUGGAGGGGCCCCCGCGGGCCCCGCGAAAGUCUUUGUGAAGAUCAAAGCUUCUCACGCGCUCAAGAAAAAGAUCUUGCGUUUCCGUUCGGGUUCUCUCAAGGUCAUGACUACAGUGUGAGUUGGGGGUUUGCCUGGGCUCCCCCUUCAUGGCCUCUGCACCACCACUCUCCCAGUCACUGGCCCUCCACACCUCCCUUCCAAAGACCACCAUUUUCUCUGUUUCCAAAGACCUUUCUGCACUUUCCCUUUCCCCAUAGUCUUGGUUGAAAAGGCUCCCCUCCACCACGGGGAGGAAUGGGGGAGAAGCCCUGUUUGGCCCAGUUCAGCUGCUGGCUCUGCAGCCGUUGGGCAAGAAAAUUCCCUUUCUCUGGGCCUCACUUUCCUCAUCUGUAUUAUGGGUGUACUAUGGUAUGCAGAAGGGGUAAUUCAGUUCGAAUUUCCCCAUUUUAGUUUAGACACUUAGACUGUUCCCUUUCACCUCUCUCACCGAGGUCUCUGAUUCCUCCUGUCGGUGCCCAGAUAUGCCCCCCCAUUCACAAAGUGCCCCCCUACACAUCCCUAGACCCCUAGGAUAUCCCUUUGGCACCCAGGUUGGAGACUCUGUCUGACCCAGAUGGUGCCUGCGGAGUGCCCUGGGAAGGGAAGGAGCCCUGACUUUGGGGUUUUGAGGGUUAAGUAGGAGUUGAUAACACCAGAAAAGACUCUUUCACCUCUGACCUUGGACAAUUACAGAGGAUUAGGAGGUCAAAGAGGGGAAGGAAGAUGGCUUCCAUCUCAUGGCUCCUCCUAUGAGCGAGAGUUUGGGAGGAGCCCACGAUGACCCUCAGCUAUUCCAAUCCAGUCUUUUCUUUUUUAAAAUUAGUGUAUUUAUUAUGACGAUGAUGACUCCCUGGUGCACAGGGGAGCCAGAUUCUGUGUGUUUCUCUAACCUCUUUGUAAAUAAAUGCACAAUGUUACACAUGUGGCAGAUUCUCCUCCUGUAGUAAAAUGGGGAAAACGCUUGCUUUGGCUCAAGCUUUCUUGAGCAACUACUGAUUGCUUUGGAUAUAGCAGUGUCCAGAACUAGAUGGCAGUUUCCAGGAUGGCCUCAGUAUCAUUUUCCUGCUAGUAGCUAUUUAAUGACUCUGACCUGUGGUGACAUUUCUUUCUUUUUUUUUUAAAGAUUUAUUUAUUUAUGCAUACAUAACUG